AUGAUGCUAAGGAUCAAGAGGGUCCCUACUGUUGUUUCCAAUUACCAGAAAGAGGAGGGCGAGGAGGGUUCUCGCCGCGAAGGGGGCUGUGGCCGCAAUUGCCUUCAAAAUUGUUGCCUUCAAGGCGCAUGCCUUCCUUUAUAUGCUUUCAAGAAAGUGGACAGGAUUGUGGCCGAGAAGAAGAGUGUGGGUGUGUUUGAACAUGAUAAGAACGAGCCACCAGUUGCGUUUCUCGAUUCGCUCCUUCUUGGGGAGUGGGAGGACCGUAUGCAGAGAGGGCUCUUUCGCUAUGAUGUCACCGCCUGUGAAACCAAGGUGAUACCGGGCCGGUAUGGUUUUAUUGCUCAGCUGAACGAGGGUCGUCACUUGAAGAAGAGGCCAACUGAAUUCCGUGUUGAUAAGGUCCUUCAGCCUUUUGAUGGAAACAAAUUCAACUUCACUAAAGUUGGCCAAGAUGAGGUGCUCUUCCAGUUUGGAGCAAGUGAAGAUGGGGAUGUUCAGUUCCUCCCAGACGCCCCUAUUGAUGCUGAGAAUUCUCCAAGCAUGGUUGCCAUCAAUGUGAGCCCUAUUGAAUAUGGGCAUGUACUGUUAAUCCCACAUGUUCUGAACUGCUUGCCACAGAGGAUUGAUCGUGAUAGCUUCUUGCUUGCUCUUUACAUGGCAGCUGAAGCUGGGAAUCCAUACUUCCGAUUGGGUUACAAUAGCUUGGGUGCUUUUGCAACCAUUAAUCACCUUCACUUUCAGGCUUACUACUUGGCUGUGCCUUUUCCGAUUGAGAAGGCACCCACUAAUAAGAUAACUACUUUGGAUGGUGGCAUUAAAAUCUCUGAACUUGUGAAUUAUCCUGUUAGAGGCCUUGUCUUUGAGGGUGGAAAUACCCUGCAAGAUUUAUCUAACACUGUCUCAGAUGCCUGCGUUUGUCUUCAAGAAAACAACAUACCUUAUAAUGUGCUUAUUGCUGAUUGUGGAAACCGUAUCUUUCUCCUUCCACAGUGUUAUGCUGAGAAACAAGCUCAAGGGGAAGUGAGUCCCGAGCUUCUUGAUACCCAAGUGAACCCUGCUGUGUGGGAAAUUAGUGGCCAUAUGGUGUUGAAGAGGAGGAAAGACUAUGAGGAGGCAUCAGAAGAGAAUGCUUGGAGGCUUCUUGCAGAGGUUUCUCUCUCCAAAGAGAGAUUCCAAGAAGUGAAUGGUCUCAUCUUUGAAGCCAUUUCUUACAAAGGUAAUGGCAAUGGAACUGAUUCUGAGAACUUGCUUGAGGAUGCAAACGUCGAACAUCACUCUGUUGAAGAAGUGAAUGCUAUUAAUGAUAGCUCCCAUCCUGCCAUGGUUACUGGGAGUCAUGAAUGCCUAGUUCUGCAGUAA